AAGAGAAAAACACACACAUGAAGACGCUCAGACCUGAACAUGUAUGGUCCUCCAGUAGAUCUGUCUUUUAAAGACCUCAACAAUGUCACAGGUGCAAUGUCGGAGGUCUCCCGCAUCGCUCUGCGCCCCUUAAGGACCAACUCGAAGAAUAAGUACCUUAGCCAAGCCUUGCGUCUCAGCAACAACAACAUCACACACCUUAUCGGCCUGGAAUUCAUGCUGAGCCACUUUCUGGCUGAGCCAUCAAUGCUCGGCUGGCUGGACCUGUCCUUCAACAAAUUAACGAGCAUUGAAUGUGUUCUAUGUGAGCUAAAAGAGCUGCGCGUUUUGUACCUUCAUGGCAACGACAUCUGGAACCUGAAUGACGUAAACAAGCUGGGAGGGCUGAGCCAUCUCCACACCAUCACGCUGCAUGGAAACGCCAUAGAAAACCUCAAGGGCUACAGGAGUCACGUCAUUUUGGCCUUGCCUCACCUGAAGAGGAUGGACUUCAGUGCUGUGACUCGACAGGAGAAGGCCUUGGCGAAUAUCUGGUGUAAAACCUUCAAGUCGGCCAAAAAAGAAGAGAAAUACGUGUCAACAGAUAACAAAGUAAUUCAAUAAAGUAGUUACGAAUCUUU